GUACUCAAGCCCAUGAGCUGAGGAAGGUUUUGGUGCUGGCGCUGUGUGAGAUUUGGUGGAGGGGAGGAGCUGGUCAACCAGCUGCUGUAAAUAAAGGCCUCGAUGUAACACUUCCCUUUGCUCAGUGAAGCUGCAACUUCAACCGGGAAGAGGUUUGAAACCAUGACGGCCUCGUCCUUGAACGCUCUAAGGCAGGUCGUCCAGGGUUUGACCGGAGGAAGUGGCUUUGAUCGGGUUUUGAAUAAGAUGACUGUGGUUUCAGCUUGUCCUGGGAAAAUAGUCUGCGAAAUGAAGGUGGAACAGGAACAUGUGAACCGAGCAGGCGCACUGCACGGAGGGCUAACUGCAACUCUUGUAGAUGUGGUAUCAACAACAGCCUUACUUAAUACAGAGCGAGCGCUACCAGGAGUUAGUGUAGACAUGAAUAUAACAUACAUGAAUGCAGCUAAAUUGGGAGAGGAUGUUAUCAUAACUGCUCAGGUGCUAAAGGAAGGUAAAUCUCUUGCAUUUACAACUGUGGAUUUGACAAGCAAAGCGACAGGAAAACUCCUAGCCCAAGGACGACACACAAAGCAUUUAGGGAGCUGAACAAAUUUUUUGAUUUUCAGAAAAUGUGUUUCUUUUAUUUGUAUGGAGUUAUGCUGUUGAAGAAAAUGUAAUCGAAAUUAAAAAUUUAAAAAUGAAAAA